UGACGCAACGAGACGAAACGUCCGCCGACAGAUUGCAGUUUCCCGCAAGGUCGACUGUGCGCGAGGUGUUGGGACGCAAUCGUAUUAGUGUAGUUGUUCAGAAGUUAAUAAACAGACAGUUUUACAUUAAAAAUGCCUAGAGGAAGCAGAAGCCGGACGUCUAGAGUGGCUCCUCCGGCCAGACGGGCACCGCCUUCACCUCCUCCCAUGGCCAGGGCAGCUCCACCACCCUCCUCAGUUCCUGCCCAUCCACCUCCAUCUGCCAUGGCAGCUCCAGCCGCUGCACCCAGGCAGCCAGGAAUGUUUGCACAAAUGGCGUCUACGGCAGCGGGUGUUGCUGUCGGCUCUGCAGUGGGACACACCAUAGGACACGCUAUGACUGGGGGCUUCGGGGGGGGCGGCGGGAGCUCCGAGGCGGCUAGGCCUGACGUCACCUACCAGGAGCCCUACCAGACCCAGCCCAUGUACCAGCAGGCUCCCCAGCAAGGCCCCUGUGCGUAUGAACUAAGGCAGUUCCUCGAGUGUGCCCAGAACCAGAGCGACCUCAAGCUGUGCGAGGGCUUCGGCGAGGUGCUCAAACAGUGCAAGUUCUCCAACGGAAUGUCCUAAGACAUGGGAAAUGCAGUUUUGAAUGAAGACGUGAAUCCAGAACACAUGCUUUGUGUAAUAUAGAUGUACUUUUACAAUUGCUGACCUUUGCCAUCAGGUUUAAGUUAUAAUGUAAUUAGGGCAUAAAGGUCUCCUUGUAACUGAAAGGCUGCUGAUUGUAGAAUCAGAUAUUAAGAUGUAUGUCUUAAUGUAGUGGAUACGUGUGCUUUCAGUAUACUGAUUUAAAAUAAAUCAUCCACGUCACUUCCUCCCAAA